AUGACUGUCAAUCCAGAAGAGUUUGAUGACAUCUUCUCACUCAUCUGUCAAGAUUCACUCGAACAUUUUGCACUUUUCGACUCGUGGGAAGUGGAUGUGACGGAAGUGUUUGCUGUGAUCAUCGUGUACUGCAAUGCGACGAUGGAGGAGAAAGUCCCAUUUCUAUUUGAUCUCUUCGAUUUCGACCAUUCCAAGAUGAUAUCAAAAGACGAACUGGUUCUACUGAUGCUUUGCACGACUAGAGGGCUCUGUAAAGUGGUCGGUAAGCCCAGACCAGCUACAGACGGUCUUGAAGUCCUUGCUACUGACGCUUUCUCGCGCAUUGAUCGGGAUCAGAAUGGCAGAAUUUCACUUGACGAACUUUCUGAGUGGAUAGUACACGAGCGAACAGUGAUGACUUAUCUUGCAAAAUUCGCGAAUACUCGAGUAAUUUACGAGAACCAAGUGCAGUACGACUUGAUGCUGAAGGAACUAUCUACUGCAUUCCUGAAUUUUGCCGAACCGGAAAAAGAUAAACUGAAAUUCCAGUGCUUCGAAGAGAUCUGUGAGGAAAUGAUCCAGCGCUACUUCCCCGCAGCUGGGAAACACGAAAUCAAUUUCUUACUGCAGACAAUGAAGGAAACUAUGCAAAAUACGCGGUCACUCGUAAAAUACGGAGAAAGCAACGUUUCAGACAAUGCGAUCUCCAUGGACGCGUUCUUUCUCGUUCUUUCACCAUUUAUCGCGUUCCUCGCUGCUGACGAUAAUGGAGAACACUCGAUCAAUAUCAAAGAACUAAAAAUUCUGCUUUGGCUUAUGUUUGGGUCGGAACCGAGCUCAAAAAUGGUCGAGAAUUUCAUAAACGCGUUGGAUAGCAACCACGACGGCGCUCUCAACGCGAUGGAGUGGGUCUCGUAUGCUCUUGCGACCAAUAAACAGACCGGAAGCCAGUCAUUCGUCAACCAGAUUCAUCUCCUCUUCGCGACGUCAGACGUCAACGGAGACGCCAUAUUGACUCUACCAGAACUUCAACGUGGUCUGAUUUUUAUUUUCACAGAUCAUUUAGAACCUGUAAACACGCCGUCUAAACCAGAAUCGGCCUGGGAAGAAGUCAAAAGUGUGGAAACUCGACACAAAUCACAGUUUUCUACCAUUUCGAGUCUUGCCACCGAUCUGGUCAAGGAAAUCAUGGGGGAACUCGAUGCAAAUGACACGCGACGUAUCGAAUGGUACGAGUUCCGACAACAUCUCGAGUACCUUGACCGCCGCGUGAUGGAGAUCAAGACUUACAUCCAAACACGCGUUCUAGGUUAA